UCCAGCGGAGGAAGUGAGCAAUGCCAAGCUAGAGAGAGGGCCAUCGGUGGAGGAGGCCAAGAUCAUGGCCAGGAACCGCGGCCAGGUGGAGGCAUUCAGCGCGCCAUACAGGACGAAGCGAUGGGUGCUGACGCGGGGCAAGGGCGCGGCGAUCGGGGACCUGAUGAUCAUGUACGGCGGGCUGCUGGACAGAGGAUUCGGCAGCGGACAGAUCAUCGCGGCAUCGGGCGCGGUGGUGAUCGCCAAGGUGAGGAAGGACGCCAAGAAGCUCAUGGGCGAGGAGGGCGUGCGGGAUCUCGACGUCCUGGAGCUGCUACGCGCAAUGGAGCUGCUCGAGGCGGAGCUAAAGCUGGUCAAGGCCGCGAACAAGGGCGAGGCGCUGUUCCAGCGGCUGGAGGAGGCCAAGAAGCACUGCAAGGUCGCCUUCGCCAUCGCCAACCGGAUCUAAGAUCUUUGCCUUUUCUAGGGAAGCGGAGGACGCAAUGGCGCAGAAUGGAGGAGGCGCGCCUGCGAAAGCGGCGGCAGCAACGUAAAUCCCGCUGGCUUCUGAUUGAUCGCGCAGCAACCAUGAAAUUGGGAUCGCCCCCCGCCUUCCUCCUCAACGCCGCCGCUGUCUACGGCACCGCCGCCGGCUACUGCCUCUCGGCGUCGCUCCUCUCCAUCAUCAACAAGUGGGCGGUGAUGCGCUUCCCCUUCCCGGGCUCGCUCACCGCGCUCCAGUACGCCACCAGCGCGCUUGCCGUCUUCCUCCUCGGCCCCGGCGGCGCGGGACUGCUCGACCACGACCCCCUCCGCGCCGCCACGCUUCUCCGCUUCAUCCCCGCCGCGCUCUGCUACUACAUGUCCCUCUUCACCAACAGCGAGCUCCUCCUCCACGCCAACGUUGACACAUUCAUUGUGUUUCGCUCCGCCGUGCCGCUGCUGGUGGCCGUGGGCGACACGGUCUUCCUCCGCCAGCCCUGGCCGCUCCCAAGAACCUGGGCGGCGCUGGCGCUCAUCCUGGGCGGCGCCGCCGCGUACGUGACCACGGACUCCCACUUCGAGCUCCACGCGUACGGAUGGGCCAUGGCCUAUUUGGCCAGCAUGGCCGUCGACUUUGUGUAUAUCAAGCAUGUGGUCAUGACCGUGGGGCUGGGUACGUGGGGCCUCGUGCUCUACAAUAAUUUUGAGGCCCUGCUGCUAUACCCGGUGGAGCUGCUAGUCACUGGCGAGGGGAGCGCGGCAGUGGCGUCGUUUCGUGGUGGGGCGGUGGUGGCGGGCGUGGCGGCGGUGGAGUGGCGCUCCUUGGGCACCUGGCUGCCCGUGGUGCUGUCGUGCGCGUUUGGGCUGUCGAUUUCGUUCUUUGGGUUUGCCUGCCGGAAGAAUAUCUCCGCGACGAGCUUCACGGUGCUCGGGGUGGUGAACAAGCUGCUCACGGUGGCGAUAAAUCUGGUGGUGUGGGACAGGCACGCGUCGCUGGCGGGGACGAUCGCGCUGCUCACCUGCAUUGGCGGGGGGAUCGCGUACCAGCAGUCGCUGGAGAAGCGCCCGGCACCGCUGGACGAUCAGGAUCCAGAGGAGGAGGAGACUGACACGGAUCAAGAGGAGAAGAAACCGUUGAAUCAAAAUUCUUUGGAUGUAGAGCUAGGAGAGACAAGGAGCACGAUUGAUCAGAGUGACAAAUGAUCGACUCGAGAUAACGAACAUUUUUUUAAAAUAAUCGCUCCCGCCUAUUUGCUUUA